UCGCCGGUUCAGUAUCAACGUGCACGGCAGGUCUUCAGUCAGUGUUUGUCUGGCAGUGCACGAGAGCGGAUCACGCGCACGCUGCUCUCGCCGCGUUUUCAAAUAAUUGAACUUCACUCGGUCUCGUUCGUUGCCCUAUUUGUCAGAGUCGGAUAUACCCGGGUCGUCAAUCAAUCAAUGGAUUAGCCGGCGAUGGUGCUGUUCAAGAGUUCGGAGGGCGAGGCCCUGCCGCGGCUGCUGCGGAUGUCACCCCUCAGGCACAGCCUCCGAGCCGCCCCCAUGUCCGUCUCCAACGAAGACCUAGCGUCAACCCUUUCUGCACCACCCACCGAUAAAAAAGAUUUCUCAGCGUGGAAUAAAACGUUGUCUCAGCGUUGGAAGAAGCUGCGCAGGCGGUGCUCAUCCUUUUCAACAGGCCACGCACCACGGUCCCCUGCACCUCCAGUGCCCGAGCCGCCCCCGGAGCCCAUUUCGACGAUACCCUACACGGCCAGGCGAAUUCCGUUGCCGCGUCGCGUCCCUCCAGACCACGACUCGGACUCUUUGUCCACGUCCUCCUCCUGCUCGUCCCGCGGCUCCAUUCUGCCCAACCUGCGCUCCAAACUGCUCGGCCUGAGGAAGAAACGAAGCAUGUCUGUGCACGAACCCACCUUUUACGUGCCACCCCCGCCAGAACCGCCUCCGGAGGCGGCAAGGCGGCGGUGGAGCUCGUUGGAAAGGCCGUCUGAGGACCGCAGAUCAACUGACAGUUGCUCCUCUGUUUCUUCUGGCCGGUCUAGGAGACCUUCGGACAGAGAUUCUGAUCUUGGGUACUUCACCGACCACAACAUGCUGCCCCCACAGCACAUGGCCCCUCCGUUGCCCCCUCAACUACCCCCUCUGCCGCCUGCCAGGGUGCGUCGUUUUUCCUUCAUCCACUCGGAAACGCUGCCCGAGGAGCCCCGUCGGCCGAUGACCCGCACCACCAGCGUCGGUGGCGCCGACCUGCGUAGGACGAACAAAGAAAACUCUCGACCAAAGAAUGCGAAUUUACGGCACCACAGGUUAAGCACGAUCGUGCCACCUCCACUGGUGCCGGAGGCGGUGGAAGAGGAAACUUCCUCCAAAUUCUGCACGCUGCCAAGGUCAUGUAAGGCCUUCAACAUCUUCAGCGUUGAAUUCAACAAAGGCCCUGGCCAGAAGGGACUUGGCUUCAGCAUAGUCGGAGGUAGGGACUCGCCCAGGGGCCAAAUGGGCAUCUACAUCAAGACCGUCUUUCCGCAGGGCCAGGCUGCCGACUCUGGUCUACUCAAAGAAGGUGAUGAGAUUCUGGCCGUGAACGGACGUCCCCUUCAUGGUUUGAGCCACAACGAGGCAAUUGCUGUCUUCAAAGACAUCAAAGUUGGCCCUGUCGCUCUCCACCUGGGCCGCCGAGUGACCCGCAAGCCCAAAGAGGCCCCGCCGAGGACCCUCUCCACAGCAGACUGAACGUUCCAGCGAAUUUAACUAUAUAAAAAUAUAUAGCAUGCACUUCUUCAGAAACACUUUUCGUAAUUUCACUUAAUAUAAUUAUAUCAAUAUGAUUACCAUACUUUCAAAGAAAAGCACCAAGCAGCUGCUCACAUUAUGGAUUAAUCAUUCAAGUGCAGAGAACUGAAGUCAUUUUGUUUUAGUCAUGUAUGAGAAGCACAAAUAUUGUGGUACAUGUUAAAAAAAAAAUAGUAAUAAAAGAAGAAGCGAGUAGUGAGAGGUAUCAUAUUACUAAAUGAUCGUCUUAUUCGGACACGUGUAUUACCUUGCAAACAAAGUCUUACAUUAUUCAUAUUAAAGUAUUUAGGAUGAAUAGUUGCUAAUAAUAUGUAAAUGUGCUGUAUAAUUGUACUGUUUAUAAACGUGAAAUCAACCAAUAAUAAAAGGGUUAUCAACAA